AUGGCUUCAGAACAGAAAAUCCUGCCCAAGGAGGGCGAGCGCAACAUCCUCGUCACAAGUGCCCUGCCUUACGUCAACAAUGUCCCUCACUUGGGUAACAUUGUCGGCUCCGUGCUGAGUGCCGAUGUUUUCGCCAGAUUCCAUAAGGCCUGCGGACAUCGCACCCUCUACAUCUGCGGAACGGACGAAUACGGUACCGCGACGGAGACCAAGGCGCUGGAGGAGAAGGUAUCGCCCGAGGAGCUGUGCGCCAAGUACAAUAAGAUCCAUCAGGAAGUCUACGAGUGGUUCGAGAUUGGAUUCGAUCACUUUGGACGCACCCCGACACCAAAACACACUGAGAUCUCGCAGUCCCUCUUCAAACGGCUGUAUGACAACGGCUACUUGGCCGAGAAGUCCGCCGAACAGCCCUUCUGCGAGACUCACGGUUCGUUCUUGGCCGAUCGGUUUGUGGAGGGCGAGUGUCCCAAAUGCCAUUACGACGACGCCCGUGGUGACCAGUGCGACAAGUGCGGCCACCUCCUCGACCCGUUCGAACUCAUCAAGCCCCGCUGCAAGCUUGACGGUGCCACCCCCGUCCCCCGCGAGACGAAACACAUCCAUCUCCUCCUCGACAAGCUGCAGCCCGAUAUCGAGAAGUGGGUCCACGCCUCCAUCGAGAAGGGAGACUGGCCCAAGAACUCGCGCGUCAUUACCGAGUCGUGGCUGAAGGAGGGUCUGAAGGACCGUGGCAUUACGCGCGAUCUGAAGUGGGGUGUGCCCGUGCCGCUCCCGGGAUUCGAGAACAAGGUGCUCUACGUGUGGUUCGAGGCCUGCAUCGGAUACCCCUCCAUCACCGCCAACUACACCGACGACUGGGAGCUCUGGUGGCGCAACCCCGAGAAUGUCCAGCUGUACCAGUUCCUGGGCAAGGACAACGUGCCGUUCCACAGUGUCAUCUUCCCCGGCUGCCAGCUGGGCUCAAACGACAAGUGGACCAUGCUGCACCACCUCAGCACGACCGAGUACCUCAACUACGAGGGCGGCAAGUUCAGCAAGUCGCGCGGCAUCGGCGUGUUCGGCAACAACGCAAAGCAGACGGGCGUCCCCGCCGACGUGUGGCGGUACUUCCUGCUGAAGAACCGGCCGGAGACGGGCGACACGCAGUUCGAGUGGCGCUCGUUCGUCGACAGCAACAACAGCGAGCUGCUCGCCAAGCUGGGCAACCUCGUCAACCGCAUCAUCAAGCUCAUGGCCGCGCAGUACGACUCGACCAUCCCCGAGUUCACCGUCCCCGAGAGCUUCCAGCCCAACCUCGAUGAGAUCACCGGCCUCCUCCGCCAGUACAUCGAAGAGAUGGAGGGCGUGCACCUCCGCGCCGGUGUCGCCACCGCGAUGAAGCUCGCCGAGGCCGGCAACGGACUCAUCCAGGCCAACCGGCUGGACAACGCGCUGAUCGCCAACGAGCCGGAGCGCGCCGCCGCCGUCGUCGGCACCGUGCUCAACCUCAUCUACCUCCUCGCCAGCGUCUUCUACCCCUACCUCCCCGCCACCUCCAAGUCCAUCAACGAGCAGCUCAACGCGCCCUUCGCCCUCAUCCCGUCCCUCGACGACAUCAAGGACGGCUGGAAGCCCACCGCCCUGAAGCCGGGCCACAAGGUCGGCAAGGCCAAGUACCUGUUCUCGCGCAUCGACGGCAAGAAGGCCGACGAGUGGCGCGAGCUGUUCGGCGGGUCGCAAGCCGAGCGCCAGAAGAAGGAAGAAGAGGCCGCGAAGAAGAAGGCCGCCAAGGAAAAGAAGAAGGAGAAGAAGGCCAAGAAGGCUCCCGCCCCCGUCGAGGCUACCGCCAAGGGCGGCGCCGACGCAAAGCCCGACGAGGCUGUCAACAACGUCGCCGACGGCGUGGCCCAGGUCACUCUGCCAUCUUCCUGA